AUGCCUCCCUCACUAUCCAGGACAUCGCUCAGCGCAUUGAACAGGCAUGUAUGUCCCUCUGCCUCAACUCCUAUCCGGUCCUUCUCGACAACACCCUCGCUCGCCCUCCUAGGACCAGAAAGCCCUGGCUUUAUCGAGAUUCCAAAACCACCCCAGCACCAAGCCCGCCCCAAACUCGAUGUGAAGGGCAUCAUUCCUCCUCCUCGAAACAUCUUCCCUCGCCGCGCUGGCGACAAGACUUCCCCCCAGUACCUGGCGGCUGUCACCCCUGAGCCUACAUCACAGUCCGAACCCGCGAACGAGUUCGUAGCAUGGAAGCGCCGCAUGGCAGCGUCGAGGCGGACGAACCUGCGAGAGGGGUUAGUCGAGUUGUACAAGCGGAAGAAGGUGCACGAUGCGAUCGCUGCGGGGGUUAGCAAGAGCAAGAGCAAAUUUCGAGAGCAGGCGCUGCAUGCUCCCCAACGCGAGGAUGAACGUCUCACAAACCCCACGAUCAAGCAGGCGAACCGAAUCCUGCAGUCUGGACCGGUGCCAGAUCCGCAGCGCGAGAUGCGGGUCGCGGAGAAGAAGGCUCGGGUACGGGCGAAGGAACAGCUGAGGCAGGAGGAGCGACGGGAUGCUCUGCACACUCUGUAUAUGAAUGCGCGGAACUUCAUUACGACGGAGGAACAGCUGGAUGCCAAGAUUGAGGAGAUCUUUGUUCGGGAUCCGCAUGCACCGCACAAUUUGGAUGACAAUAUCUGGAAUGUGCUGAAGGCACCACCAACCGUGAUGGAUCUGUUGUCGGUUGUGAAUGGCACUCAAAAGACGAUUGUCAAGUUCCAUGAGCCUCCCUCUGCCAGAACUGGAAUUAGGAUGAAAAAGAUUGCGGAGGAGCUGACCGGAGGAAAGAUGGAAUGA